UCUGGUGCAGCUUGCCAGAGUUAGUUUACAUUAAACCUCCGGACUAUAAAGUUACAUAACCUCGAGACCGGGAACUUCAGGUUUAGCUCUAAUGUUACCUCUAUGCCUGCUAGAGACAAGAUCCCUAAAGCAGCCGUUGUUUACUCAAAUUCUUGUUUAUAAACAAAGGAUUCCUUAAAAACGCCUGAAAAUGAGAAAUAAAACCAACUAGAUCUACAAAGUUUGAUGGAAAUUAAACAAGGGAAUGGACCGCCGGUAGUCCAGGCUCCACGUGAUAAGCAGGACUUGAAUGCCGAGUAUGUAAAAUCUAAUCAGCUGAUAAACUGUCAUGGCGGAGAGAGUUACUCGACAAAAUUGACAUUUAAAAAUCUAGUUUCUGGGACUACAGGGGCCACACGAGAUGAGGGGUCCGCAAGAGAUAAAGGGGCCACGGGGGAUUCAAGGGGCAAGGAGAGCUUCAGAGAUAUGGAGGCUUCAGGGGCGACAGGAGGUGGAACUAAUUCAAGAGAACAUAUCAAGUGGGAAGUCGGACAAAAUGGACUGAAAAGAUUGUCCAAGGGCCCUGUAAGUGAUAUAAGUGGAAAUGGAUUGAACAAUUGUGAGAAGGGUAUAAAAUAUUUAAUGAAUGGUCCUGCAGAGGGACUCACAGAAAAGCCAUGUUCUGGACUAAUAGAAAAAACAAUGGACCUAGAUUCAAGACUAAAGAUAAUGAAAGUUGCGUACGCCGACCUAUCCCUAGAAUCUAUGCAGAACCAUGCAUCAUCAGUUUACGCAAAUGUUGUCGCACUAACAGACAAUAAUAACAAUAACAAGGAGAGUAAUCAGAGAAAAACUAACAGUAUAAUAAAGACUGUUAAAAGUGAAGGGGAUUUGAGAUCCAAGAAGUCUCACUCCGCUCCACCAAAUACCUCCGCCCCUCCCUCUGACCUAUGCACCGUGUGUCCGGAUAUAAGUGAGGCGGAUGAGGCGAAAGAAGUGAUAAAAGAAAGCUCCUGUUGCUUAUGUCCUAGGAAACGAAAGGAGCAGCAAGAUAUCGCAAAUGAACAUGAACGGAAAUUUCCUCGAUCCUGCUCCUUGGAAAGGACCAGGACUCCUAGUAUCCGACCCUACCUAGAGAAUCUACAGAUCCCAGCUAGGGCCUGGAGUAAAGAUGAACCUAAACCCUUUAUCAAGAAUCAAGAAAAUAUUCUUCACCAAGAAGAAAAAGAAGGAGAGGAGGGUUUAAAGACAGUAGAAAGAAAAGAAAAUGCUUUUAGCUUUCUUUACAAUCGUUCCUUCUCGUCCUCCUCCUCCUCCUCUUCUGUUACUGUAUCUUCCUCUCCUUCUUCCCCUCCUUCCCACCCUUCACCCCCUUCUCCCGUCUGUUCUUCUUUCCCAAUAUCCUUCUCCCCCCUCAGUCCUCUCGAAGAAAAAAGAAUGGAUCAGAAUACUCCAAUGGGACGGGAACAGACUGGAGAGAGCUGGGUGUCUCAACAUUUGGCACACAUCAUGAGAGUUGACUCUACGGACUCACAGGACUCCACGGAGUCCAUGGACCUCGAGAAAUGGAGCUCCGACAGUACUAGGUUUGAGAAUGCCAGGUCGGACAGGUUUAUGGAUGUUAAUCAGAGAAAAAAUCCUUCUAGAAGAGAAAGUGAGAAAACCCGCCAAAAACAGUUAAGUAAACAGCUGAACAGCAUCAAGCGUCGUAUCUCUGAUCUAGAACAGGAGCUGAAGGAACAGCAGGGAUACAGGCCCUCCCAUCAGGACAAGCUGAACAACAGACACCUCAAGCAGCUAAUGGCGGAGCAGGCCAAACUCAAGAAAGAACUCAAAUCCGACAAAUCGGAAAAACAAUAUGGCCGUCGGCACGUCUACACCCCCACCGGUCCGAAUAGUCUUGUCAAGAUUAAAGAGAAAUUGGUCGAGAUUAUGUCAAUGCUUGAUGAAAGUCGACAAACUAAAGGUCGACCUUAUGAGUUUGAGAAAAUGUCCAAAGAUCAAAUUUAUGAGGAAAAGAUGGAAAUGCACGAUGCUUUGAGAGAAUAUGAGAAGGAGUUUGGACAUCCAGAGGACCGUGCUGAAAAGGAGGUGAUGAAGGAGGUUUAUGAACGAUACAGGAUUGUAAAGAGGAUGGCUAGGAGAUCUAUUUCGGCUCGGAGUAAAGAAUCUGUUUCGGACCUGAUUACAAUACCGGAGGACCUAGAGGUUGACCUCACCCAGCUCACCCCUCCUCAGAGGAUACAAUUUGAGGUUGGGCAUGCCCGCUCAACCCGACAAAAUCUCGAGAUUAGUCGACACGACAUGGAUCUGCCCUCCUUCAGUGCAGCUGAGGUUAGGAGCCAAGAACAGAAAUCUGGGAACCAAUGGCAUGAUAUGUCACGUGAUCAACUUCAGAUGGAAUUCAAGAAAAUCCGGGAAGAGAAGAAAGUGGCGCGCCGAGCGGUGAAAGAGUAUGAGGAACAGUUUACCAGGCUAACAGGACGAAGAGUUGGAAAAGAGGAUAAAGAACCAAUUCAGGAAACGUAUAAGACGUAUAAAUUGACCAAAUCUCAGCUUAAACUUAUUACAGCGCUUCUUUCUAAACCAGAAUCCCCGAAAAUUAGAGAGCUCUAGAAUUGAGUACAAAGCAAUUAUCAAUGAAAAAAAAUAACAUAAGAUGUAAAACACAAGUGAGUGGCUAAACAUAUUCAGGAUAACAAUAAAGUAUGGUUUAAGAUCAAAAAUAUAAAGUUAAGUGAAAAAUCAACAUUAUAAAAACCACCAAGUGAUAAAACAUCAAUGAAAAAGACAAAAAAAGUUAUUUUUAAAAGAUCAUGAUAAGAAUUAUAAGAAUUUAAGUUUAAAUAAAGCUGAAAUUAAGAUUAUCUGAUUAAAAGAUGAAUGCGUAAUCAUGUGUUCAUGACAAUUUAAAGAUUUUAAAUCAUCUUCUACUACGAAAGUUUUAUUUUGAGUAUUUUGAUUAAAUUUCAUGUAAAUAAUAAUAUUUUAAAACUAACAAGUGAUCCCCUCCCCGCCUCCCUUCCCUGAGAUUUAGACAAGCUUAAACUUGUUGUGCCUUUAAAAUAACUUAACAAAAUUCUUGAAAAUUGUUUUGUAAUUUUGGAAAAAUUAUUCUCUUUUUUAAAAAUUUCACAAAGAAUGUUUUCAUGGGUUGAAGUAUAGGAUUACUUUUGUAAAUUAUUCUUAAAAAUAGUACUAAGCAAUUUUUUUCCAUUAAGUAUUCAAUUUUCACUUUUAAACUCCUCCUCUCCCCUCCCUUUCUACCGUCGCUAUAUAUUAAAGUAUCUGUUGAUUGUAUUAACGUGUAUCAUGCAGUACAUCAAAUUACCUUAAAAAUUAACAAAUAAAUGUAUAUCAGUUUACCAAAUAAAAGUAUAAUAAAGUAAAAAAACUUUUUAAAAA